CAGCAAUUCACCUCUUUGUGACUGUAGGUUUUUGAGGGUCAGAUACAUCGACUGUUGGCCCUGUAUUAUUAUUUUAACGGCUCUGCCAAGAUCUAUAUUACAAGCAAGCUUUUUUGAACCACGAAGAGCAGCACCUUGGGCUCCUCUAAGUGCCUUGGGCCAAGAUACCUGUGUUACCUGAGGUGCAGUUCGUCGUCAAGUCUGCCCCGCAUUGAAUUUCAUCGUACAUGCUCUGUAGUACCUAGCUCCCCAUCCCUGCCCCACCUUCUCCCAUUUGUUUAGGUAGGUAGUAUUACUUCAAGUCCCCUCCUCAACACCAAGGAGCUCCCCUAUCUCACCUUAUUCCUGUAUCGUACAUUCUCCGUUCUCUCUUUUCCAAACCAAACCACAGCAACAUUCACAAUGGCUCUCGCAUCCCCCCCGUCGUACACUCCUCUCCAGGAGCGUCCUCUCAAGGACACCAUCUGCCUCUUCGACGUUGACGGCACACUCACACCCGCGCGCCUGGACGCCUCGCCCGAGAUCCUCGAUAUCCUUCAGAAACUUCGCUCAAAGUGCGCUAUCGGAUAUGUUGGUGGCUCGGACUUCGCCAAGCAACAGGAGCAGCUGGGCAAGCCCGCCGGACAGCCCGUCACCGCCCUCUUUGACUUCUGCUUCUCCGAGAACGGCUUGACUGCCUUCAAGCUCGGCGAGCCCCUCGAGUCGAACUCGUUCAUCAAGUUCAUUGGCGAGGAGCAGUACAAGGAGCUUGCCAACUUCGUCCUCCACUAUGUUGCUGAUCUCGACAUCCCCGUCAAGCGCGGCACGUUCAUUGAAUUCCGCAAUGGGAUGAUAAACAUUAGCCCCGUCGGUCGUAACGCCAGCACUCAGGAGCGAAACGACUUUGAGGCGUUCGACAAGGACGCGAAGGUCCGGGAGAAGUUUGUCGCUGUUCUCAAGGAGCGAUUCGGCCAUCUCGGCCUCACCUUCUCCAUUGGUGGCCAGAUCUCCUUCGAUGUGUUCCCCACCGGGUGGGAUAAGACUUACUGCCUCCAGCACCUUGAGAACGAUGCCAAGAAGCCUGACGGUAUCGCCUACAAGACCAUUCACUUCUUUGGCGACAAGACAUUCGAGGGCGGCAACGACUACGAGAUUUACACCGACUCUAGGACAACUGGCCACUCCGUCACCGGACCUGAGGACACCAUGCGUAUCCUCAAGGAACUCUUCGAUCUCUAAAUACAUAUUUGGGCGUUGGAAUGAGAUUCAAAAGCAUAUAUACACAAUAGAAACGAGGCCAAGAAAGAUGCAAUGUUUUCAUGAAUAUCCUCCCAAAUAUGUUUAAAAUUGAUCCGUCUCAUACCCGUAUAAUGCUGCUAAGCUCGACAAACUGACAAUCAACAAGGUAUCUUAGAUGUAUAUGUGUCUUCGUAAUAUCGUAGAAACGCUAUAUGUGCAAUAUAAAUGGCAAAAUCCAAUCAGUGCCCUUACCUAAGAAUCCAACUAC